AUGGGUUCCAAGAGAAGAAGAGCUACCUCCCCUUCUAGUAGUGUCAGCGGGGAUUUUGAUGACGGACACCAUUCUGUGUCCACACCAGGCCCCAGCAGAAAAAGGAGGAGACUCUCCAAUCUUCCAACUGUAGAUCCUAUUGCUGUGUGCCAUGAACUCUACAAUACCAUCCGAGACUAUAAGGACGAGCAGGGUCGACUCCUCUGUGAGCUCUUCAUUAGGGCACCAAAACGAAGAAAUCAACCAGACUAUUAUGAAGUAGUUUCUCAGCCCAUUGACUUGAUGAAAAUCCAACAGAAGCUAAAAAUGGAAGAGUAUGAUGAUGUUAAUCUUCUGACUGCUGACUUCCAGCUGCUUUUUAACAAUGCAAAGGCUUAUUAUAAGCCAGAUUCUCCUGAGUAUAAAGCUGCUUGUAAACUCUGGGAUUUGUACCUUCGAACAAGAAAUGAGUUUGUUCAGAAAGGAGAAGCAGAUGAUGAAGAUGAUGAUGAAGAUGGCCAAGACAAUCAAGGGACAGUGACUGAUGGAUCUUCUCCAAGUUACUUGAAGGAGAUUCUGGAGCAGCUUCUUGAAGCCAUAGUUGUAGCCACAAAUCCGUCAGGACAUCUCAUUAGUGAACUUUUUCAGAAACUGCCCUCUAAAGUGCAAUAUCCAGACUAUUAUGCAAUAAUUAAGGAGCCUAUAGAUCUCAAGACCAUUGCCCAGAGGAUACAGAAUGGAAGUUACAAAAGUAUUCACGCAAUGGCCAAAGAUAUAGAUCUCCUAGCAAAAAAUGCCAAAACUUAUAAUGAACCCGGUUCUCAAGUAUUCAAGGAUGCAAAUUCAAUUAAAAAAAUAUUUUAUAUGAAAAAGGCAGAAAUUGAACAUCAUGAAAUGACUAAGUCAAGCCUUAGAAUAAGAACGGCAUCAAAUUUGGCUACAGCCAGGCUCACGGGUUCCUCACAUGGUAAAGGCAGCCUUAGUGAAGAGAGAAAUCCUACUAGCAAGUAUUACCGUAAUAAAAGAGCUGUCCAAGGGGGUCGCUUAUCAGCAAUUACGAUGGCACUUCAGUAUGGCUCAGAAAGUGAAGAGGAUGCUGCUUUAGCUGCUGCACGUUACGAAGAAGGAGAAUCAGAAGCAGAGAGUAUUACUUCCUUUAUGGAUGUUUCAAAUCCUUUUUAUCAACUUUAUGACACAGUUAGGAGCUGUCGGAAUAACCAGGGGCAGCUAAUAGCUGAACCUUUUUUUCAUUUGCCUUCAAAGAAAAAAUACCCUGAUUAUUAUCAGCAAAUUAAAAUGCCCAUAUCACUGCAACAGAUCAGAACCAAGCUAAAGAAUCAAGAAUAUGAAACGUUAGAUCAUUUGGAGUGUGAUCUGAAUUUAAUGUUUGAAAAUGCCAAACGCUAUAAUGUUCCCAAUUCAGCCAUCUACAAGCGAGUUCUAAAGUUACAGCAAGUCAUGCAGGCAAAGAAGAAGGAACUUGCCAGGAGAGAUGACAUUGAGGAUGGAGACAGCAUGAUCUCUUCAGCCACCUCUGAUACCAGUAGUGCCAAAAGGAAAAGUAAAAAGAACAUAAGAAAGCAGCGAAUGAAAAUCUUAUUCAACGUUGUUCUUGAGGCUCGAGAACCAGGGUCAGGCAGAAGACUUUGUGAUUUAUUUAUGGUUAAACCAUCCAAAAAGGAUUACCCUGAUUAUUAUAAAAUCAUCUUAGAGCCAAUGGAUUUGAAAAUAAUUGAACAUAACAUUCGCAAUGACAAAUACACUGGGGAAGAGGGAAUGAUAGAAGACAUGAAGCUGAUGUUCCGGAAUGCCAGGCAUUACAACGAGGAGGGUUCCCAGGUAUACAACGAUGCACACAUCCUGGAGAAGUUGCUCAAGGAUAAAAGGAAAGAGCUGGGCCCUCUGCCUGACGAGGAUGACAUGGCUUCUCCAAAACUCAAACUGAGUAGGAAGAGUGGCAUUUCUCCUAAAAAAUCAAAAUACAUGACUCCAAUGCAACAGAAACUAAAUGAAGUCUAUGAAGCUGUUAAAAAUUAUACUGAUAAGAGGGGCCGCCGCCUCAGUGCCAUAUUUCUGAGGCUACCCUCCAGAUCUGAGCUGCCUGACUACUAUCUGACCAUCAAAAAGCCCAUGGACAUGGAAAAAAUUCGAAGCCACAUGAUGGCCAACAAGUACCAAGACAUAGACUCCAUGGUUGAAGACUUUGUCAUGAUGUUUAACAAUGCUUGUACAUACAAUGAGCCUGAGUCCUUGAUCUACAAAGAUGCCCUUGUUCUCCAUAAAGUCUUGCUUGAAACUCGCAGAGACCUGGAGGGAGAUGAGGACUCUCAUGUCCCAAAUGUGACCUUACUGAUUCAGGAACUUAUCCACAAUCUUUUUGUGUCUGUAAUGAGUCAUCAGGAUGAUGAGGGAAGGUGUUACAGUGACUCUUUAGCAGAAAUACCUGCUGUGGAUCCCAGCUUGCCAAACAAACCUCCCCUUACUUUUGACAUAAUUAGGAAGAAUGUUGAAAAUAAUCGCUACCGGCGGCUUGACUUAUUUCAAGAGCAUAUGUUUGAAGUACUGGAAAGGGCAAGAAGAAUGAAUCGGACAGAUUCCGAAAUAUAUGAGGAUGCAGUAGAACUUCAGCAGUUUUUUAUUAAAAUCCGUGAUGAACUCUGUAAAAACGGAGAGAUCCUCCUUUCACCAGCUCUCAGCUAUACUACAAAACACUUGCAUAAUGAUGUGGAGAAAGAGAAAAAGGAAAAAUUACCUAAAGAAAUAGAAGAAGAUAAACUAAAACGAGAAGAAGAAAAAAGAGAAGCUGAAAAGAGUGAAGAUCCCUCAGGUGCUGCCGGCCUCUCAGGCUUACAUCGCACUUAUAGCCAGGACUGCAGCUUCAAGAACAGCAUGUACCAUGUUGGUGAUUAUGUCUAUGUGGAACCUGCCGAAGCCAACCUACAGCCACAUAUAGUCUGUAUUGAGAGACUGUGGGAAGAUUCUGCUGAAAAAGAAGUUUUCAAGAGUGAUUAUUACAAUAAAGUUCCUGUUAGUAAAAUUCUAGGCAAAUGUGUUGUCAUGUUUGUCAAGGAAUACUUUAAAUUGUGCCCAGAAAACUUUCGAGAUGAGGAUGUUUUUGUCUGUGAAUCACGAUACUCUGCUAAGACCAAGUCUUUUAAGAAAAUUAAGCUGUGGACCAUGCCCAUUAGCUCGGUUAGGUUUGUGCCUCGGGAUAUGCCCCUGCCUGUGGUUCGAGUGGCUUCUGUAUUUGCAAAUGCAGACAAAGGGGAUGAUGAGAAGAACACAGAGAAUUCAGAGGACAGUCGAGCCGAAGACAGUUUUAACUUGGAAAAGGAGAAAGAAGAUGUACCUGUGGAAAUGUCCAAUGGUGAACCAGGUUGCCACUAUUUUGAGCAGCUCCGUUACAAUGACAUGUGGUUGAAAGUUGGUGACUGUGUCUUCAUCAAGUCCCAUGGCCUGGUGCGCCCUCGCGUGGGAAAAUGUGCUGUGUUGUCAUUCAAGGACUUCCUCUCCUGCAGGCCAACCGAAAUACCAGAAAAUGAUGUUCUGCUUUGUGAAAGCCGCUACAACGAGAGUGACAAGCAGAUGAAGAAAUUUAAGGGACUGAAGAGGUUUUCACUCUCUGCUAAAGUGGUAGAUGAUGAAAUUUAUUACUUCAGGAAACCAAUUGUUCCUCAGAAGGAGCCCUCACCUUUGUUGGAAAAGAAGAUACAGUUGCUAGAAGCUAAAUUUGCAGAGUUAGAAGGUGGAGAUGAUGAUAUUGAAGAGAUGGGAGAAGAGGAGAGUGAGUCUACCCCAAAGUCUGCCAAGGGCAGUGGAAAGAAGGAAGGCUCCAAACGGAAAAUCAACAUGAGUGGCUACAUCCUGUUUAGCAGUGAGAUGAGAGCCGUGAUUAAGGCUCAACACCCAGACUACUCUUUUGGGGAGCUUAGCAGACUCGUGGGGACAGAAUGGAGAAAUCUAGAGACAGCCAAGAAGGCAGAAUAUGAAGGCAUGAUGGGUGGCUAUCCGCCAGGCCUUCCACCUUUGCAGGGCCCAGUUGAUGGCCUUGUUAGCAUGGGCAGCAUGCAGCCACUUCACCCUGGGGGGCCUCCACCCCACCACCUUCCACCAGUUGUGCCCGGCCUCCCGGGCAUCCCACCACCCGGUGUGAUGCACCAAGGAGUGGCCCCUUUGGUAGGGACGCCAGCCCCGGGUGGAAGUCCAUAUGGACAACAGAUGGGAGUUUUGGGGCCUCCAGGGCAGCAGGCACCACCUCCAUAUCCUGGCCCACAUCCAGCUGCCCCACCUGUCAUACAGCAGCCAACAACACCCAUGUUUGUGGCUCCCCCACCGAAGACCCAGCGGCUUCUCCACUCUGAGGCCUAUCUGAAAUAUAUUGAAGGGCUCAGUGCUGAGUCCAGCAGCAUUAGCAAAUGGGACCAGACCCUGGCAGCUAGAAGACGGGACGUCCAUUUGUCGAAAGAGCAGGAGAGCCGCCUACCUUCACAUUGGCUGAAAAGUAAAGGGGCCCACACCACCAUGGCAGAUGCUCUGUGGCGCCUUCGAGAUUUGAUGCUCAGAGACACCCUUAACAUUCGCCAAGCAUACAACCUAGAGAACGUCUAA